AAUUAAGAGACAUAGAACUGGACUAUUGCGAUUUAUGAUUGAUGAAAGACUCUCGUCGAUUGGAGAGGAAGUGAUUUGGAUCAAAAUAGGAAUUUAGUCCGAUCUUUUGUGUUAACUUUAGGGGGAAUUUUGCCAACAGACCUUUACAUUGGAUUUGACUUCAAACCCCAAGCUUUGUUGAUUUCGUCUAGGUUGCCAUAUUCCUUUUUCUUUGAUUAGAACUGCUUGGUUUACGUCUUUUAGUGUUUAUAUAUUUUCUCAGAUGUAUUCGUCUGCUAUCCAAACACAGGGCGGAUACUUAUGUGACAAGAUUUGAUCUUUAGGUCCCUAGCACUAUGCCAAGAGAGUUUACCACCUAAACAUUUUUGAGUUUAUAUUAAUAAGUUUCAAUUACAUAAUGAUUAUAUGCCAUUAUUUUUGUCCCUUGGAUUAAAAUGAAAAUAUGAAUGAGUGGCUUAAUUGAAAAGUUAAGCAAAAACAUAGCAGAGGAUUUAAAGCUCCAUGGAAAUAUGGAACUAACAUUACAUGAUUAAACUAACAUAGACGCGUACUUCAUUAUAUAACACGAUAUUUCAUUUGUUUAGAAAGACAGAUAUAUAUAAACAAAUGGAACAUAAUGACUAAGGGAUUUCCAACGGUACCUCAAAUUCCUUUUCUAUUUAUCUAAUUUGCUAAAUUUUAAUUUUACCUUUUUCUUGCAGGAGCUGAAUCAUCUUCAAAGCGCAGUUUGGUCAUAGGCAUUUCAGCAGCUGUUGUUGGACUUUUGAUAGUGUUUGCUAUAAUUCUAUAUAGCUAUAAGAGAGAAGCAAUGAUCUUUUGGAAGAAAGACAGUAGAGAGGAUUUUGAUGUGGAGGCGUUUAUGAGGAAUUAUAGUUCAUUUGCACCAAAGCAAUACAGUUAUUCACAGGUCAAGAAAAUGACAAACUCAUUUGCAGAGAUAAUAGGGAAAGGAGGAUUUGGUUGUGUAUACAAAGGAACACUACCUAAUGGUCGCCUUGUUGCAGUGAAACUUCUAAAAGAUUCUAAGAGCAAUGGAGAAGAUUUUAUAAAUGAAGUUGCUAGCAUUGGUAGAACUUCUCAUAUUAACAUAGUCACUCUUCUUGGAUUUUAUUAUGAUAGGAACAAGAGAGCCUUGAUUUAUGAUUUUAUGCCUAAUGGUUCACUUGAUAAAUUCAUAUUUAAUCAAGAAGAUGGGAGUACAACCAGGUGCCUAGAAUGGAAAACAUUGCAUGAAAUUGCUCUUGGUGUUGCACGAGGACUAGAAUACUUGCAUCGUGGUUGUAACACAAGGAUUUUGCAUUUCGACAUAAAGCCUCAAAACAUUCUUUUGGAUAAAGAUUUUUGUCCAAAAAUAUCGGACUUUGGUCUAGCCAAAUUAUGGUUAAACAAGGAGAGUAUUGUGUCAAUGAUGGGUGCCAGAGGAACUGUAGGGUAUAUAGCACCGGAAGUAUUCAGUCGGAAUUUUGGUGGAGUGUCUCAUAAAUCUGAUGUUUAUAGUUAUGGAAUGUUGGUUCUUGAAAUGGUUGGAGGAAGAAGGAAUAUUGAUCCUAGAGUUUCUCAUAAUAGUGAAAUUUACUUUCCUUAUUGGAUUUAUGAAGAUGUGGAAUUGGGUAAAGAUUUAAGAGUCUUGGGAGUCACAACAGAGGAAGAAAAAGAAAUAGCAAGGAAGAUGCUAUUAGUGAGCUUUUGGUGCAUUCAGACAAAUCCGUCAGAUCGACCACCAAUGACUAAGGUUGUGGAUAUGCUAGAAGGAGAACUUCAACAUGUCCAGAUUCCACCAAAGCCAUUCUUGUUUUCUCCAGCAAGAUCCCCUCAACAAUCCACAGAAUCAUCAUAAUAAUCCAUUUUCUUUCUUUUGUAAUAGAUUUAUCAUGCUUUAGGUUCAGCCUUAUCUUUGGUUUCUUUCAGUUCCAUAUCCCGGAGAUGGCAAAUGUAUUUGUAUGCUAAUCCCGGUUGAUGUAGCUUUGGGGGCUAUUUCCCCGUAUAAGCUGAACAUCUAAAUUUUUUUGUACGGACCAUUGGCAAAUUGGAAAUUUCCAUAAUUAUUGUUGAUAUAUA